AGUAGUACCACAGUUGCAUUUAAACUAGCAACGGCGUUUACUCAAAGCCAGGGAAUAGUGUAGGAUGGAUUAAUUUAAAGGCCAAGAAAAGCAAGUUGAUGGGAAUACCCAUAAUAUAUCAAGUAGUACCAAGAUGUAAAUAGUUAAGGUUAUAUUCACUUGAAAUGUGAAAACAUUUGGUCACAUAUUUAAGCAUCACCAAUAAGUAAUACUAUUAUCAGGGCAACAUCGGUACGUCACAUCAAUUUAUCUAAUCUAAGGAUUAAAAAAUCAAUAUCUCUUUCUAAUUAUGAAGGAUUCAAGCAUUCACCAUAAUAAUGGGUUUUGAACUGCUGCUUCUUUGUGCUCUUAUCUUCAUUUUUAUUGUGUCGUUUUGUGGAUUACUUCAAAAAAUUAAGCAAUCUUAUGAUCGAGAGAGGAUGAUAGCAGACAGACUUGCAAGGAGACAAACUGAGAGGAACUCAGAAGAUUCAUUUUCUGACGUGUAUGUGAAUUCUGCUUUCCAGUCGGAACGAAACAAUGAAUCUGGUAUAUUUCCAGCAGCACCUCCUCCUUACUCACAAAAUUAUGCGGAUGCGCCACCAAAAUAUGAAGAUGUGAUAAAAACUGAAGAUAUUGACGUCCCUGCUACCGUUGAAGUUACAAGCGAAACCACCAAUUCUACUAAUUUGCCAAGGGUUCAUUCUUCACCACCUCCAUACACAAUAUCAACAUAGAAGACUCAUUUUUGUAUUAAAUAGAUAGUCACUAGGAUUUAGUUUUCAGAGUAAUAUGAAAUGACUGAAGUAGUUAAUACACACCAUAAUAUUGUCAAUCACUAGCAUGAAUUUGUGUAUAUUUUAUAUUAGGUAUUAUUGCGAGUAGAAAAUUAAUCUUGCGUCUUAACUUUAUCAGUCAUUUCCAUAUGUUAAUAUUUUGAACAUAAAAAUAUUAUGUAAACAAAUAAUUUUGUACUAUGAAGCAGCAUCCUUAAAAUUGCUUAGCUUGCGUUAAAAUAAUAAUAAUAUUUACUAGUUCCAUAAAGACAAAAAAAUACGAGUGCUUGUUGAAUUGUGAAAUAUAAAUAAGAUCUUUUAAAAUUAUAUUUACUGCUGUGGUAAACAACGCAAACUUUACGGACAAUUCUCACAUGGGAGCACGUCUGUCAAUUUGCUUCAACAAUCCAACGUUCUUCUAAUCCUUUCCAAAUUGCUGGAACGGAACAAGGUAGAAGAAGAAGAA